AUCAGUUACUUGCAGCUUUUCAAGUAGUUCUGAAUCAAAUCUUUUUAAAAAAGAACCAUGUUGAAGUUCGUCCUUAUUACCAUCUCAAUUGGAAUUGCAUCAUGUGCAAUCCAAAACUAUUGCAAGACCGACAAGUGUGAUCUUGAAUCAUACAGACACAUCACUUGUGACUUCAAAGAUUCAGCAACAUUCAAAAAAGGCUGUAAUGAAGGUGCUCGUAUCAUCGAGUUCACCGACGAUAUCAAACAAAAAUGGGUCGAUGCCCACAACAAAUACAGGAAUAAGAUUGCUAGUGGUGGAUCUCCAGGAUUCAACACAGCUGCAAAUAUGGCUACAAUGGAAUGGGACGAUACUCUAGCUGAAUAUGCAAUCCUUAAUGUCUUCAGAUGCAAGAUUGAACAUGAUUGCCAUAACACCGACGAUAUGAAGCAUGCUGGACAAAAUAUUUUCCAAGGAUACGACGAAGACAUGGGAGCAAAUGCUGAAGUAGCUGUAAAUGCAUGGUAUGGAGAAAUUUCAGUCUCAACUCAAUCAGACAUCGACAACUGCUGUGACUACUUAAGAAAUGGACAUUUUACGCAAGUUGUUAGAGACAAAGCUAAUAGAGUUGGAUGUGCAGGUGGAAAAUUCAAGUACCAAGGAAAUGAUAUUGUUUAUGUUGUUUGCAACUACUCAUUUGGAAACUACCCAAGCAAGGCUUACAUCUCAGGUCCACCAGCUUCAAAAUGUAAAACUGGCAAUAAUCCAAAUUAUCCAGCAUUGUGCAGCUCAGCUGAACAAAUCGAUCCAAAUAAUGUCGACUAAGUUCAG